UCAAAGCCCUAGUUCUUCCCCUUUGUUUCUUCAAUUAGUUCUGGUUCCUCCUUCCUCCAGCAUAAUCGAGCUAUUCGAGUAAUGUUACUUUCUCUCAAGUCUCAGGUAAUUUCAUAUCAGUCUUGAUAUGUGGUGCAUUAUAAAUUCAAAAAUUGUUCUUUUGUUGUUUUAUCCAAGGUUGCAAUAUGCUAAAGUUGCAAACUUUAUGACAUGAGGGUUAUCAAGAAGUACAAAACAAGAUUAAAAAGAUCAAAUUUGAGAUGGGUUUUCAUGGAAAGGUUGAUUAGUGUUAGUUUAGUUUGGGAAGACUAAUGAGUUCUUCUAUACUUCCUAAACAUGUAGUGGCUGUUGUAAGGCAUCAAAAAGACCCCUUGAGGGCACUGGAGAUGUUCAAUUCUGUGAGAAAAGAAGAUGGUUUUAAGCAUAAUUUGGUAACUUAUAAAUGCAUCAUUGAAAAGCUUGGUAAUCAUGGAAAAUUUGAGGCCAUGGAAGGUGUGAUGGCAGAUAUGAGAGCGAAUGUCGAUAACCAUCUAAUGGAAGGGGCUUAUGUUAGUGCCAUUAGAAAUUAUGGUAAAAAGGGGUUGAUCCAAGAGGCUGUUAAUGUGUUUGAGAGGAUGGAUUUUUACAACUGUGAGCCCUCGGUUCUGUCGUAUAAUGCCAUUAUGAAUAUCUUGGUUGAGUAUGGGUAUUUUAAUCAGGCCCAUAAAGUGUAUAUGCGAAUGAGAGAUACAGGGGUUGAACCUGAUGUUUAUACGUUUACGAUUAGGAUGAAGUCGUUUUGUAGGACAAAUAGGCCUGAAGUGGCUUUAAGGCUUCUAAGAAAUAUGCCUGGACAAGGUUGUUAUGUUAAUGCUGUUUCUUACUGUACUGUAAUUGGUGGAUUUUACGAAUCAAGUUAUCAGUUUGAGGCGUAUGAAUUGUUUGAUGAGAUGCUUCAGCUUGGAAUUAUUCCCAAUGUUGAAACAUUUAAUAAGCUCAUGCACAUACUUUGUAAGAAGGGGGAUAUUCGACAUAGUGAAAGGCUUCUCAAUAAGGUGCUCAAGAGGGGUGUAUCCCCCAAUCUUUUUACGGUUAAUAUUGUUAUUCAAGGCCUUUGUAAAAGGGGCUUGCUUGAUGAGGCUGAGAGAAAGUUAGAUAGUGUGACAAGAGAAGGUUUAGCUCCUGAUGUUGUUACAUUCAACACCCUUAUCUCUGGCUUGUGUAAGAACUCAAAGGUUUUAAAAGCUGAGUCCUAUUUGCAUAAAAUGGUGAAUACUGGGUUUGAGCCUGAUAUUUUCACCUACAAUACUCUCAUUGAUGGAUUUUGCAAAAUGGGCAUGGUACCAAAAGCUGACAAAAUUCUCAAAGAUGCAGUUCAUAGAGGAUUCAUGCCUGAUGAGUUUACUUAUUGCUCUCUCAUUUAUGGACUAUGUGGUGAUGGUGACACCGACAGGGCCAUUGCUGUAUUUGAUGAAGCCAGGCGAAAAGUUAUAAAGCCCAGUAUAAUUCUGUACAAUACAUUAAUCAAGGGGUUGUCUCAACAGGGGAUGAUUCUGGAAGCAUUGCAUCUUAUGAAUGAAAUGCCAGAGAAAGGCUGCAAGCCUGAUAUAUGGACUUAUAAUUUGAUUAUAAAUGGGUUGUGCAAAAUGGGAUGUGUAUCGGACGCCAUGAAUAUCAUGAAUGAUGCAAUCUCCAAAGGGUUUCUUCCUGACAUUUUUACCUUCAACACUAUUAUAGAUGGUUACUGCAAACAGUUAAAGAUGGCUGAUGCACUUGAGAUUGUAAAUACCAUGUGGGAGCAUUGCGUUACUCCUGAUGUAAUCACUUACAACACGCUGUUGGAUUGCCUCUGUAAAACUUCAAGUCCCGACAAUGUGAUGGAAUUAUUCAAGUCAAUGAAGGAGAAGGGUUGUGUUGCUAACAUUAUCACAUUCAACAUUGUUAUUGAAAGCUUGUGCAAGUCUAGAAAUCUCACUGGAGCUUUGGAAAUGCUUCAAGAAAUGGAAAACGCUGGUGUGUGUCCUGAUGUUGUGAGUUUUGGGACAUUACUUAAUGGAUUCUGUGAAGAUGGGGACUUGGAUGGAGCCUAUGAGCUGUUCAGGAGAAUGAUAGAGCAAUAUAGUAUAUCCCAUACAACUGCAACAUACAAUAUUGUUAUAAAUGCAUUCUGCAAGAAUUUAAAUAUGGGCAUGGCUGAAAAGCUAUUCCGAGAGAUGAGUGACAGAGACUGCCACCCAGAUAACUUCACUUAUCAGUGUAUGAUAGAUGGUUUUUGCAAAAUUGAUGACACUGAUUCUGGAUUUUCUCUUCUCCAUGAGGAGGUCAAGAGUGGAUUCAUUCCAGCAGUUAAAACCUUUGGACGAGUUUUAAAUUGUCUGUGCUUGAAGCAUAGACUUCGGGAAGCAGUUGAUGUUAUCUUCCUUAUGGUACAAAAAGGUGUCGUUCCUGAUAUUGUGAACACAAUUUUUGAGGCCGAUAAAAAGUUUGUAGCAGCUCCUAAGAUUGUUGUAGAAGACUUAUUGAAGAAGGGCCAUAUUACUUACUAUGCAUAUGAACUCUUGUAUGAUGCAAUUAGAGAUAAGAAGCUUUUGAAGAGAAAGCUACCGAGUAAAAGUUCACAUGGUUCCAGAGACAACUUUUCUAAAUCAUUUGAUGGGCUUUUUGAUCAGAAGGAAGCAGUGCAGAUAUGAGGCACCCAAUUCAGAGACUGUAGCUAUCUCCAACAGUGAUAUGGGAUGCUUAGUUCUACUGCCAUCCGGUCGAAGUGACAAUCAGACAAUGGGUGAUUCAAGCACAUGGUGCAAAGUCAUCCAACUGAGAGAUUAUCUGCUCCUUUAGAAUGGAUAAUAGGUAAUAGCUCAGUCUCAUAGGUUUAUUUUCUAAUUAUUCAUUUGGAUGACUGCUGGCUAUGAUGC